AUGACAUCCAUAUGUGUAGACAAAAUAGAAGAAAAACCUUCUACUAGUUACUCUUACUUUGAUACACCUGAUGGUGAAGACUGCUUGAAAAAAUUAUAUUUUAUCUCUAAAAAUGCUGCUAUCCUAGGUCUUUUUGCCUCCACAAUGGAUGUUCUUCACUACUCUCAUCCCAAGGGAUAUGCAGCUCUACUUGGAAGGUAUGCAUACACUACAUUACCAAUUACAGGAAUGGGAGCAGCAUUCGCUGCUGUCACUUGUGCUGCGACUAAUAUAAGGAAAAAAGAUGAUAAGGUGAAUUAUGCUAUUGGAGGCUUAGCUGCAGGAGCAGUAUGGGGUGCUUGGAAGAAGAGUUACAAAUUUGGUUAUUAUGGGGGGCUUGCUUUGGCUGGAUUCGCUGUCUUAGUUAAAGAUUCAUUUCAAAACAAUUGGCCCUUGUUAGGUGAAGAAACAAAAAAAAUGCCUUAUUCUCCAUUUUGGAUUCGCCAAGAUUGGUCUGUCGUUUCUGAUCCUGGUCGUACUUGGAAAAGAGAAGAUGAAGUAUAA